GCACACCAUUGGAUCUGUUCCAAUUAUAGUAAGCAGAUCUUAUUGUUCAUAUUCAACAAGAAAAGUUGAAAUUUGCUCUCUGUUUUCCUGGCACUACAACAAUAAAAUGCAGAGCUCUGCAAUAGCUUUGUUUCCUUCAACUUUGUUUGUCAAACCACAACAAAAAUCUCUUCACGGAAGCCCAAUUUCGAGACGACUCAGUUCAAAGCCACUUGAUGGCAACCUUGCUAAUGGAAUUCUGGGUGGAAAAUGUUUGUUCUUGGGUUCUUCUUUGCGCUUCAACUCUGUCAGUGGAAUUUCUCCUCCCUUCAAAAUUUUGGAUCCUAGACGAGACUGUCUCAAGGUGAGGGCGUCCACUGUGCCCGAGAACGCUGGAGAGAGCGGGACAUCGAGUGAUUUGACUGGAACUUUGCAGCUUGGAGCUAUGUUUGGACUCUGGUAUCUUUUGAACAUCUACUUCAACAUUUUCAACAAACAGGUUCUUAAAGUAUAUCCAUAUCCAGCAACAGUUACAGCUUUCCAGUUUGGUUGUGGGACUACGAUGAUUAUCAUAAUGUGGACAUUUAACCUGCACAUAAGACCGAAGAUUACUCGUUCACAGCUUGCAGCAAUCCUAACGUUGGCUGUAGCACACACCAUGGGAAAUGUUUUGACGAAUGUUAGCCUCGGGAGAGUUGCUGUUUCCUUCACUCACACAAUCAAAGCUAUGGAGCCCUUUUUUACUGUCUUAUUCGCCUUCUUGUUCCUUGGCGAGAGGCCAACUUUCUGGGUAGUGUCUUCACUAGUACCUAUUGUAAGUGGAGUGGCAUUGGCAUCAUUCACUGAGGCCUCUUUUAAUUGGAUCGGCUUCUGUAGUGCUAUGGCUUCCAAUGUGACUAAUCAAUCACGGAACGUACUCAGCAAAAAGUUCAUGGUCCAGAAAGAGGAAACUUUGGACAAUAUCAACCUUUUCUCUGUGAUCACAGUCAUUUCUUUUGUUCUUUUGGUCCCGGUUGCUAUUUUCAUGGAAGGCAUUAAGUUCACCCCUUCCUUUCUGCAGUCUGCUGCAAAUCAGGGAUUGAAUGUUAGGGAGCUAUGCGUGCGAUCUCUUAUGGCUGGAUUCUGCUUCCAUGCUUAUCAGCAAGUCUCUUAUAUGAUUCUGCAGAUGGUAUCACCUGUAACACAUUCAGUCGGAAACUGUGUGAAACGUGUCGUGGUCAUCAUAUCUUCAGUUAUCUUCUUCCAAACGCCUGUUUCUCCCGUAAACUCCAUCGGAACUGCUGUGGCACUUGCUGGAGUGUUCUUGUAUUCAAGAGCAAAGAGGAUAAAGCCAAAACUGAAAGCUGGAUAAUGAGGAGUUGCAUUGCAAUGAAACAGUGUCUGUUCAUUCAAUAAAAGUCAAAAAGAAAGUCUGAAUUUGAUUUAAGAACAUGAAUUUUUGAAGUUAGAAAACAAGUUAAAAAUUUUGCUGAUUA